AUAAUAAAAAUUGUCACAUGUAUACAUGAAUGAGAUUUUUGAGAUCGUGUUUCCUUGUAAAAAUAACUACAAUAUCUAUUUAUGCCGACCGACCCCUGUAAGAAAUUAGCUUGUGAGAUCCAGAAAUGCCUAUCCGAGAAUAGUUUUCAAGAGGUGCGUUGCGCUCGUGUCUUUGAAGCGAUGCGCCAGUGUUGCAUGAAAUUCAAGUCAGUAUCGUUGGUGUGUGAGGGUUACCGUCUAGAGCCGAGGGAAUUUGCACCUGUCACUGACAGGCCACAUAAAAGUUAGAGAACUAUGGACAAUCGUCGUCGUAGUCAGCCAUUAGGAAAGCGAAGUUGGAUUUUUAGAUAUCCAAAGACAUUUCAAGUGACGUUCACUGUACUUGCGCUGGGGAUAUUUUUUUCUAAACCAUUGUAUGAUACGUUCAUAAGACCACGUGACGAGUUCGAUUUCACAGAACCACCAACGACAUUUGCAAAAAGAGUCUAAACGUCAAUUAUGGAAUCUGUUGCAAAAGCGCGGGAACGCUUAGCAAAAUAUCCAGUUAUAUUCGCGAAGUGCUCCAAACAGAGCGUACUGUAUGCUCGGUGUGUACUGUUUAAAGAAGACUCCGUUAAAAAGGACGAUUGUGCUAAAGAGUUCAAAGAAUUUAGUGCUUGCUUGCAAUCCGUUGCGAAGGAAAUGAAAACCAGAAUUUAAAAAUGGAGAGAUUCAUGUCAGUUGUAAAUUUGCCAUUCAGUUACCAUCUUAUAGCCGGAAUUGCUAUUAGACUUGCGCUGAUUGUCUAUGGAGACUUUCAUGAUAGAAAUUACGACGUUGCAUACACUGAUGUAGAUUAUAAAGUAUUUACGGACGCUGCAAGGCAUGUUGUUGGCGGCGGUUCUCCGUAUAUGCGACACACAUAUAGAUAUAGUCCAAUUAUUGCAUACCUUUUGAUACCUAAUGUAGUUCUAAGUGUACACUACGGAAAAAUUCUGUUUUCCCUAUUCGAUAUUCUCAUAACAGUUGCUCUUAAAACUUUAGUCGAAUAUCAAUUGAAAUCUAAAAACACUGCUUCUAAAGUUGCUAAAUAUUGUUCGUUGUUUUGGCUUUACAAUCCCUUAAGUAUCGGGAUUUCUACUAGAGGGAACGCAGAUUCAGUUCCCUGUUUUUUUAUUGUACUGUCAAUACUUUCUCUACAGACGAAUAUAAUUAAAGGUUUAUUAAAAUAUGUCUUUUCUGGUAUUCUAUUAGGUAUUUCAAUACAUUUACGUUUAUAUCCACUAGUGUUCAGUUUUCCAAUGUAUCUUUCUCUGGGCGAAUACAAAAUUUCUCGCAGCACUCACCUUAAAACUGGUAUAAUUGCGUUAAUGCCUAACAAAAAGCAAAUAACAUUAACAUUAAGCUGUGUUACAACUUUAUUUCUGCUUACUUACAUAAUGUAUUUAAAGUACGGUUACGAAUUUCUAUUCGAAACAUACAUUUACCAUCUGUUCAGAAAGGAUACAAGACACAAUUUCUCCGUCCUUUUCUAUUAUUCCUAUCUAACUAUGGAUCAACUCAUCUUCGAUGUGGUGAAAACAGUAUCUCAGAUUUUCGAGUUUAUAAUAUUAUUCGUCCUAAGCUUGUCGUUCGGCUGUGAGCCGGAAACGAUGCCAUUCGCUUUGUUCUGUCAAGCCGUUGUUUUAGUUGCGUUUAACAGUGUGAUGACGUCACAAUAUUUCAUUUGGUUUUUAUCUCUAUUACCGUUGGUGGUUCACAGUUUUAGAAUUAAGCCUGCGCACGCUUUGAUAUUGACAAUGAUUUGGUUUACUGCACAAGGUGCUUGGCUGUUUUACGCCUAUUUACUAGAGUUUAAAUGUAGGGAAGUAUUUUUGUUGAUAUGGUUGAAAGGCGUUGUGUUCUUUUGCGCCAACAUUUUCGUCCUAGGGCACCUUAUUAAAAGUUACACCCCUAGCUAUGGAUUUGGUCAAAUUGAUUUGGUUCCAUGUAGAGUAAAAAACAAAUAACUUAUAAAUGUAGAUAGAUUAGAUUAGACUGUAGAUGUUGUUUGCUUUCUCUGUUGUUCUAGUGAAAGUUUAGAAAAUGAAAUAAAAGAAUAUGAUAUAUUUUGUGAAUUUUAUUUUUAACAAUGGCAAACUAAUAUAGCUAAUCACCCAUAAACUAACACAACAAAACUAAAAUGCAUUUUAGCGGAAAAUUACUUAAAUACAGAUACAAAAAAAUCGUUAAUGUAACGACACUAUCUGUAUUUAUGCCAUUCCCGUUAUUUUGUAUUUUAUCUACAUCAGUAGCAACCAAUCAUAUUACAAAAAUUAUAACCUGUUUCUUGCAGUGAAUACUACUUUCUUAGUGUUUUAAAUAUUUUUUUUUAAUAAUAACUUCUUUAUAAUAUGCACAAUACUCAAAUUGUAUUCAUUAACAGACUGUACCAUAUAAGCGUUUAUAAGAUGAAGUUAUAUAUGGCCAUGCCAUAAAUUAUUUCAUCAUUCACUGCAAGCUCCGUCCUAGCACUACCACAACUAUUUUUUGGUGUCUUGUAGGUUCAUUUUCGUGAGAUCCUCUGACUCUCCUUGUGACAUAUUUGACAGCUUCUUACCGAUGCGUUCAUGAACAUCCAAAUAUUUCGCCACACAACGGUCUAAACACACGGAUUCACCUUUUCCUGAAAAAAUAACAUUGUAAAAUAUAUGACAUAUUAUUCCGGAUAACUGUGACCAUAAUGACACCUUCCGAUAAUGUCGGAAGCUUUUAACUGUGCAUAAGAUAUAGAGUGCUAAAAGUGAAAGCCAACUCAGCUGACAGAGAACGUUUAACAAUGCAAUGAAAUAUAUGAUUUUUUUAUAGGAUAGUGUGACAAACGCACACACAGUCCACCUGAUGGUAAGUGUAAACCUUGUAUAUACGAUCAUUAAGGUGAUCUCUUCACUGCAUCUAUAUGGUCAAGAACUAUAUGCAUAUAGUCUUGUGGUAUUAAUCCUUCAAUAAUGAAUGUGUGAUCAGAUUCUGGACUAGAGUAUGAGGCCUGGACACAGACAAUUAAAGAGAAGUUCCUAUUAUUACCCAAAUGUCACGUUAACGUUCGGUCAGACCAAUGGCGCGAUUUUGUGAACACGGAUCUACACGCACAUUAACCGAUUCGUUGCGGCACCGAUUUUCCACAACUUUUAGCUGUGCAAGGUGUAGUCUGUAACAAAUAUUUUAUGACACGCCUGGCGUGUCAAGUGCCAUGUGUAAAAGUAUCACUUGUUUAGACAUAAUUAAGUUUAGUUGACAUCAAACAUAAGUUACAAACGGAAGGAUACUUGUUUAUAGUGGGUAACUACGUGUUUUUUUACGUGUUUUCUUUGAAAUUGAGAGUAAGUGACUUUUUAAUGCAGAGAUUACAAACCUUUUUUCCUAUUUUUUGUUUUAUAAAAAAAUCAUAUAAGUAGGUACAGUUAAAUCACCCUGGAAAACCUUGGUUUUUAUUAAAUUAAAUUUUCAUCUAAUAAUAACAUUUGUAAAUAUCAAACAAUGAAGAACCUUAAUUUGGAAAAAAUAAGGUUUAUGAUUCAUUGAUAUUUACAAAUGUAAAAUAUUAUUUAAUGUUAUACGAAUGUAAAGUCGAUCUGAAAAUGUCUAAUUAGUAAGAAUAGCAAAACAUAGUUUCAAAAGGAAAAAAACACCGGCACUAUACGGCGGCGGAUUGACAAAAGACUAUUUAUUAGCGAACUUUUUUAUGCAUGAAAGGUUUCGAACUGUUUCAAGCACAAAUAAACCUUAUACCUUAUCACAAGAGCACAUGGUACUUCGUAGAUCUAUUCGGCCAUAUGAUAGUAAUAAGACGGCAGUUCAACUAUUUUAAGC